CGUACGCUAGCCACAGAUACUUGACUUUGACUCAUGACUUUGACCUCACACGCGAGCCACGCAAAGUUUGCGAGCAACAUUCUACAAGCGCGGCCAUACUUUGACGCCUUCACAACCCACGAACUGAUGAAUAAAAACUUGCCGCUUUCAGGCUUGACCGAACACUGAGCGACGCCCUCUUGCCUUAAUUCUGCACUGAAUUCUGCCUGCGCGAGCUUCUGUGAGGUCGCACUGACUGAGACCACGGCUGACACUUUUGUUAGCGCAACAAUGGCACAAGAUAAAUUGCCAGUGCUGGAGGAUAUGUUCCCCAGUCUGGCGCGAGACAUCCUCGAGGCGACGCUGCACGCUCACUCGGACGAUUUGGAAGGCGCCAUCGGCGCGCUACUCGCGAUGUGUGUAGAUGACACUAUUGACGCCGUCGCAUCGGCCCCGGCGUCAAGUAGCGCGGCCGAACGCCGCGUGACGCCAGAGACAGCAACACCGUCCGGGCGGGACACGCUGCAAGCAGCGCUGACAAACCGCGCCGGCCUUGCGGCGCGGAUGCCAGCCGCCGGCCGCGGCAUCUCCGGCGCACUCGCCGGCAGUGGCAGCAACUGCCGCGCCAAAACCUCAUGGGGGCAGAUUCGCAUCAAUGAAGCCUCCACACCCUCAGCACCAGCGCAGGCCGGUGGCAGCGGGCCAGGCUUCGCCUCGACUGCUGCGAGCGUGUCCGCGGCGGCGGCGGCGGCGUUGCCGCGCUACGUGCCACCAAGCGGCGCCGCCGCCGCUGCCAAGCUAUCAGUGCAGGACUUUCCGGACCUUCCUCCUCUAGCUGAGGAAGGCACCGGCGGCCCUAGCAAGCCCGGAGGCGGAGGCGGAGGCAACUGCGGCAGUAGCAGAUUUGGCGGGGGCGGCGGCGGAGGCAGCGGCUACAGCAGCAGUAGCAGCAAUGCCAGCAGCGCGCGGCGCGCAAUGCCAGGGCACCAGGCGUCCUUUGAUGGCCCCUCGGUUGCCCCUGCUAGUUACCGCCACCAGCACCAGCACCCGCAGGACCAUCGGGUAGGCGGGUCUGGGCAGACCACUCCAGUUUCUCCUGGGCCCAGCCCUGCUGCUGCUGCUGCUGCUGCUGCUGCUGCUGGCAAUGGGCCGCGGUAUUCCCGGGCAGCAAAUGUGAAUGCAGGGCAUGGCAGCGGCUGCGGCGGCGGCCGGAUGCGCGCGUCAAGCAGCUGGCCGCGUCUGGCCGACGGCUGUAGCACCAGUGGAGCAGGCGGUGGCGGCAGUAGCGCUGUCUGGGGCGGCGGCGGCGGCGGCAGCAACAGCACGGGCGGGGAAGGCGGCGGCCGUGGCGAGGCGCUGGCGGACUGGCAGCAGGAGGCUGUGGAGCAGCUUUGUGGGUCACACUCCUGGGCGGGGCGCGACAUUAUUGAGGCGGUGUGCUCGGCCCUCCAGUACGACCUGGCGGAGGUGGUGGCGGCGUUGGACGAGCUGGCGGCGGCGGCGGCUGUGGAGACGGCGUCGCCGCCACAAACCCGCAACAGCCACCGCAAGGAGCAGAAACAGCAGAUGCAGCAAACGAAGCAGCAGCAGCAGCAGCAGCAGCAGCAGCAGGGCGGCAGCAAUGCCGCGCCACAGGAGCGGCAGCAGGAGCAUCAGGCGACGGCAGCAGCGGGCGGCAAGCACCGGCAGCGGCACCAGGGAGAGGAGUCGGCAACAGAGUCCGAAGGGGAUGAGGACGACAGCUGGGAUGACACGGACAGCGAUGAUGACGAUUUCCGGGUGGGGCGACCGGCGGCGGUAGCAGCAGGUGGCGGUAGCAGCAGCCGCGGGAGGGCGGCGAGGGGUCGCGGGGCCACUGCCGCCGCGCCUGCCGGGCCGGUGGCGGCCGGGGCGGGGGCGGGGGCGGGGGAUGACGCGUACCGGCGGCACCGGCGGGAGGCGCUGCGGCUUACGCACUCGUGGCGCAAGAAGAUGGGCAGGGCCUCCGCCGCCUUCUCCGCGGGCGAUCGCGCCACGGGGCGGCGGCUGGUGGAGGAGGCGCAGGCGCUGCGGCGGCAGGCGGCGGCGGCGCACGCGGCGGCGGCGGGGCGCAUUGAGGCCGAGAUGAACGAGGGGCGGCAGCUGGCGGAGUGGGAGCUGGACCUGCAUGGUCUUCACACAACGGAGGCGGUCGAGGCGCUUGCACGCCGGCUCCGCAAGCUGGAGGCGCAGCAGGUGGCCUCCAUGGCGGCGGCGGCGCCGGCAGCAGGCGGCGCCGGCGCGUUCUGCACCGCAGCACCAGCGUUGACCUACACGGCGGCAGGGCCAUCAGGGUCUGGGCCCAGCUCCGCGCCGCUGCUGGCCGGCCGGCGGGUGCUGCGGGUGAUUGUGGGCAAGGGCCUGCACAGCAGCGGCGGCGAGGCCAGCCUGCCCCGGGUGGUGGAGGCCUGGCUGCUGGAGCAGGGGUACAGGUUCACGGUGUGUGCGGGCCACAUGGAGGUGCAGCUGCGGCGGAACUACGGCACAGCGGCAGCAGCGGUCGCCUCGGGGGCGGGCACGCGGUCCCGCGCGGCUGCAUCGGGUGUGGCGGCCGCGGCGGCUGCAGGUGCCGCUGCUGUGGCGGCUCCACGCGGCACACGCCACUUCGUCAUCUGAGGCCAGGGUGGCGGCUGGUGAGGCCGGUGGGCGGUGGCGGCAGGGGCGGGACGGCAGGUGCGGCGGAGCUUCUUAUUGGGUCGACUUUAGUACUGGCCCCCGGAGGGUUUGUCGCAGUACCGCGCGCCUUCCAUGCAGUUCGUGGAGUGGCUCGAGGGCAUAAGCAGGGGCACCGAGGUGCCGCCAGGCGGCGGCCGAGAUGCGGGCGGGUGUGUGGCACGGGCCGGCGGCGUGGGCGAGUUCGCUGCCGGGCGGGCGGGCGGAGCUGUUGCCGCUGAGCGGGGCCGGCAGGAUGCUGCAGCUGCCGCGGCGGUGCUCCAGCCCGGCCUGUGUGGUGCUGAAGGGCGACUGCGAGGCGGAGCUGCCGCUCAAGGCGUGUGGCGGCUGCGGCGGCGGCGCGGCUGUGUACUGCUGCCGGGGUUGCCAGGUGGCGCACUAGUGGGCGGGGCACAAGCAGGCGUGCAGCCAGGCGCCCAAGUACGGCUGUCAGGGCAGUGGCGUGUACGGGAGCGGAGCGUUUGAGGAGCGGCGGGUGGUGUCAACUGCAUGGAUCCAAGCAUAAAAUCGAACAGGACUGUGUCUGGUAGUGCAGCCGUGCAUACCGUAGUGGACAUUAUCCGCAGUAUGUUGGGGAACACUGGGCCACAUUCGUAUGCAGUAUGUUGCCAUUGUCAGCGCGCGUCAAGGGGCUCGAGGCACUUGCCAACGCAUAUUUGAUGGUCAGGAUAGGACGCGACCGUGCCGCUUGGUCAUUUGUGCAUUGUGUACGACUGUACGCGAAUGGAGGCGUGCGGCACAAAUACGGUCCCGGUAGAUACGGCCUGUGCCAAUGCACAUUGCCAGACUGCUGAGCUCGAUGUGAACAAGAAUCUGGAAGGGCUGUGUCCGGAAGCCAGACAGUACAAGUGGAGUUGGCGGCAUGACGGGGUCGCGGUGUAUACGACAAGUGCGCCGGGACUGCCGCCGUCUGUAAAAUGUAAAAUAA